AUGGCUGAAUUAAGUGCAGCGCAGCUUUUAGCUAACGUAGCAGACGCUACUCAAGGCGAUAUUUAUUACACAACCCAGUUCAAAGCAGCCGAGACUGGUGUUUCUGCUGCGCUGCAAGCGUUGCAAACGUUGCGAGUGGAUCAAGAAUCGACUAUAGCACGUCGUUGCACGCAAUUGUUGAACGGAUCAGACCCAUUUGCAGCAGUGGUAGAGGGCCAAACGGACGGCAAACUUGCAAGUGUUUUCACAGAUGAAAUAACACUGGUGCGCAGUGUGCCUCACUUACAGGCGUUGCAAAACACGCCUGUAGUGGUCACAGUGGAGCUGGGCACAGGUGAGUAUGCGGCUGUGCCGCUGGUCAAGGAACUGGCUUUCGCAACACUGGUGUCGACGUCCAGCACGUCUCUGGCACGCCAUGCAGUGGCAGCGGCGCAGAGCGCCGCUGCACAGCAGAAGCUGGUGUUCCACUUCGUGGACCUCAACGCCAAAGACAUGGACGGAAAGCUCUCUGCACAGCUCGCAGAGGCCACAGAGGCCUUAGAACUCACAAACCUAGCCCCGUUCACAUACCACAGCUCAGCCAAAUCGCCAUCAACGCUUGUGGUCAACCUCUCGCCCUACGCUCACGCUUUUGCAGAAAACCUGCCUGCACAAGCAGCGUUGCUCGACAUUCACGUGUACAGACCCUGGUCUUCCGAACAGUUCUUCCAACAAGUGCCCGAAUCGGUCCAAAAAAUCGUCAUUGUGCAACGUACUAACGGCAAUUUGACGGCCAGCGGGUUCGAGCCCGUGCUGUUGGACUUCUUCGCAGAUUUCAACACGCUAGUUGCAAGAGGCGUGGACCAAUUACUGGUGACCAACGUUGGCGAACUUGGCGCUCAAGAACUCACCACCACGCUCCAACAAGUCGUCGACAACGCCCGUGCCGAGUCCCCAGACACCACUUUAUUUAUUGGACGUCCUUCUUCCACUUUACAGGACACCGUUCAAUUACAAUCUGCCAUCAAAGGCGUCUUCUCUUUGGAAGAUGCGUAUUUAAAGGUUCUACGGCAGCUGUUUGACUCGAACCUCCAGAUCUUGAAUCAAUUUCAAGACCCCGACGUCAAUGCCACCAGCCCAGAGUACGGGUUUGGACUGGCCACCAACCAGAACCGUGAAAGACAACGUUUGUGUGCAUUGGUAGAAGAAUCUCUCGAAGCCAGUGCGUACCCGUCCCCAGAUGCGAGCCGCAUUGUGGAGCUUUUGGCCAAAUGGCUUCGCUUGAACGAUAACGAACGCUCCCGGGGCGAAGUUUCCCUCGAAGACGCCAACAAGAUCGCUGCAGACGUGUUUGAGCUUCUUCAGCUCAACCAGGAUUCCAGCGUGGCUCUCAAAAUCUUGAAAUUGGCCCCCACGGUCGAAAAGUUCAAAUUCGCGUCGAAAUGGCUCAUUGGAUCCGACGCUUGGUCCUAUGAUUUGGGAAACUCCGGUGUCCAUCAUGUUCUGUCGUCCAAAUUAGACGUCAACAUGCUAAUUAUCGACUCCGAGCCCUACGAACACGUUAAAAACUCCCAAUCCAAACUCAGGAAAAAAGAUGUUGGCCUGUAUGCCUUGAAUUUCGGAACUGCCUACGUUGCGUCCGUGGCCGUUUACUCGUCGUACACCCAGCUUCUCACUGCGUUCAUCGAAGCUGCCAAGUUCCCAGGUCCUUCAAUUGUCUUGGCUUAUUUGCCAUACUCUUCUGAAAGAGACACUCCUUUGGAUAUCCUGAAGCAAACCAAGAUUGGCGUUGAGUCUGGAUACUGGCCACUUUACCGUUACAACCCUCAAGACCAAAACCCAGAUAACGCUUUCAAGUUGGAAUCGUCGGUCAUUAGAAGACAACUUCAAGAUUUCCUCGACAGAGAAAACAAGCUCACUCUUCUCACUCGCAAAAGCCCAGAACUUGCAAGAAAUUUGAAACAAGGCGCUAGCGGCGAAAUCGAAGCCAAGCAACUCAGAAGGGCUAACGCGGCAUACGAUCAACUGCUGGAAGGGCUGUCUGGUCCUCCUCUACACAUUUACUACGCUUCGGAUGGUGGGAACGCUACCAAUUUGGCCAAAAGAUUGGGCAGUAGAGCCACCAGCAGAGGGCUAAAAGCUACAGUAUUGUCUAUGGAUAAUUUGGAUUUCGAAACCUUUGCAGACGAGGAAAAUGUCGUCUUCAUUACCUCCACUGCCGGUCAAGGUGAGUUUCCACAAGACGGAAAGGCCUUCUGGGAUCAACUCAAGGCUUCUCUCGACCUUGAUUUGGUAUCUUUGAACUUUUCCGUCUUCGGGCUAGGUGACUCGUUGUACUGGCCUCGUAAAGAAGAUAAGCACUAUUACAACAAGCCCGCCAAAGAUUUGUUUAAAAAAUUGGAACUUUUAUCCGCUAAGCCAUUAGCCUCGUUGGGCUUAGGUGACGACCAAGAUGCUGACGGUUACCAAACUGGUUACAGUGAAUGGGAGCCCCAACUUUGGGAAUCGCUAGGCGUGUCUGGUGCUGCUGUGUUGGACGAACCCAAACCUAUUACCAACGAAGAUAUCAAGAUUGAGUCCAACUUCUUGCGAGGCACUAUCACUGAGGCUUUGAAUGACAAUUCCACUGGUGCCAUUUCGGCUUCUGACCAACAAGUGACCAAAUUCCAUGGUAUUUACAUGCAAGAUGACCGCGAUAUCAGAGACACCCGCAAGGCCCAAGGUUUGGAACCUUACUACAUUUUCAUGAGCAGAGUCAGACUACCCGGUGGUAAAGCUUCUCCAGAGCAAUGGUUAGUUCUCGACAAGUUGGCCGACAAGACAGGUAACGGUACUAUUAAGAUUACCACAAGAGCCACAUUCCAAUUACAUGGUGUGGUUAAAAGCAACUUGAAACAUACUAUUAGAGCCAUGAACUCUACUUUGAUGGAUACUUUGGCGGCAUGCGGUGACGUGAACAGAAAUGUGAUGGUCUCUGCCUUGCCUGCCAAUGCCAAAGUUCACAAACAAGCUUCUGACAUCGCAUCCAGAAUCUCCGAGUAUCUUCUUCCACAAACGACCGCGUACCAUGAAAUUUGGCUAGAAGGAGCCGACAAGAAUGAUGAAAACCCCAACUGGCCGUCGAUCUUCGAGAACAGAAAGGAAGGUCCUAACAAGAAGAAAACUUUGGUAAGCGGGAAUGCUCUGGUUGACGUCGAGCCCAUGUACGGCCCCACUUACUUGCCCAGAAAGUUCAAAAUCAAUAUGACCGUUCCUCCCUUCAACGACGUUGACGUGUGGUCGAUCGAUGUUGGUUUGAUUGCCAUCGUUGACCAAGAAUCUCAAAUAAUAAAGGGUUUCAAUCUGUAUGUUGGUGGUGGUAUGGGUUGUACGCACAACAACAAGAAAACCUAUCCAAGAACUGGUUCUUCGUUGGGUUUCGUUAGUGCUGAAGAUGUUCACAUUGCCAUUGAGAAAGUCUUGCUUGUUCAGAGAGACAACGGUGAUCGUGAAAAUCGUAAGCAUGCCCGUUUAAAGUACACUGUUGAUGAUUUGGGCGUCGACGUGUACAGACAGAAGGUAGAAGAAAUAUGGGGCAAGAAGUUUGGUCCAGAGCAACCUUACGAGAUAAAGUCCAAUAUCGAUUACUUCGGAUGGGUCAAAGAUGAAACUGGCAAGAACCAUUUCACAAUCUUCAUUGAGAACGGUAGAGUUGAGAACAGUCCCGACUUGCCUCAAAAGACAGGGUUGAAGAAAGUCGCUGAGUACAUGCAGGAGACUGGUAGUGGACAUUUCCGCUUGACCGGUAACCAGCACGUAGUGAUUAGCGACAUCACUGACGAGCACUUAGCCCACGUCAAGUCUCUACUGAAAAAGUACAAACUCGACAACACCAACUUCAGUGGACUAAGACUUUCGUCGGCCGCUUGUGUGGCGCUGCCAACCUGCGGUUUGGCCAUGGCUGAAUCUGAGCGGUACUUGCCUGUGCUCAUCACCAAGUUGGAAGACAUUUUGGAACAGUAUGGGUUGCGUCACGACUCGAUUGUCAUGAGAAUGACUGGGUGUCCUAACGGAUGUUCUCGUCCAUGGUUGGCUGAAAUCGCCUGCGUUGGUAAAGCACCAGGUACAUACAAUUUGAUGCUGGGCGGUGGCUACUACGGACAAAGACUAAACAAGUUAUACAGGGCCUCCGUCAAAGAGGAUGAGAUCAUCGCGAUUUUGAAGCCAAUGUUCAAAAACUGGUCUUUGCAUAGACAAGAAGGCGAGCAUUUCGGUGAUUUCCUCGUAAGAACUGGCGUCAUCAAACCAACAUUGGAAGGUAGAUACUUCCACGAUGACAUUCCCCAAGAGGCAUUGUAA